AAUUAUAAAUUAGUAAUGUACUUUAUACUUUUUUCUUCAGAGGGACUUGAAAAUGUCGAAAAAGAACUUGGAAGUGAUUACCCUGGAUUCUAUUUUCCAACACAAUAUUGUGCUGGAUGUAGAUCAUUCUUAAAAACUAACUUGAAAGAUAUUUUACAAGCAGCUGAAAAUCUAAAUGAGACGUUGAAAAAUGACAAUGGAUUUCCAAUUAAGAUGGAACUAGAAGAUCUUUCAACUGUGUUUAAGGGUCUCUCAGCUUUUGAAGAAAAUCAGAAAAUAAUUAAGAAAUUGGAUGAAGUUGAAGAAUUAUGCAAUGAUAUUAUAAUUGCAAAAGAAAAUUUCUUAGAUUGGAGUUUAAAUAGACCUAUACUAGAUGAUGUUAACUGGGAAGAAGAAAAAAUAGUAAAUUUAUUUUUAUAACUAAAAUUA